AUGGGAUUGUGUAAGUUUAUCGACUUUGUUCUUCAUAUUGCCAAAAACCUAUUGUAUGAAGAAGAAGAUAUCACUACCAGAAAUAUGAACUUAGAUUUCUUAUCAGGAAUUUCACCACAAUUCUUAAUUCAAGAAAUCAACGAAGUAAUUGAAUGGAUCAUUGUCAAUGAAGUAGACCAGGCAAAUGUUAUAAUUGCUCAAUUAAAAGUGGUCAGCAACUUGAUGAAAAUUGAAGCUACUAUACUAGCCACUCCAAUUCAGUUCUUGAAUAAGGAUGACAAUAUUAGUCUCAACCUCAACUUUUAUACUGAAGGAAUUAGCCAAGUUGGUCAGUUGCAGAAUGUGGAAUACGAUGAAUCAGUUAUUCCCGAAGGCGCAUUCUCAAAAUUUAUCCAAUUAGAUAUGGAAAACAAAAACAUCCCAUUAGAAUUGAAUGAUGUACCAUUAGAUACUGCAUUGACGUAUAUUAAAGCUAUUUUUGAAACUGUGGAGAGAUUUAUUAGAGAAGCCAAUGAAAUUAAUUCUAUAAAUCAAUUACAAGAUUACUUGGAAUAUAAUAUUAAUUAUCCAAUUGAUACAUUUUCAGUAUUUUCUCGAGGAUUGUUUCAGUUAUUCUUUAUUCGUGAUGAUAAAUCGAUAUUUGGAUCUUUAGAAUACAAUUUGACUAAUUUGUCAACCGAAUUAAUCGAGAAUUUAGUGGGGAAAAACACAAUUGUACUUAAUAACCUCGAAUCAUCAUUAUCCCAACUUAAAGAUUCAACAAGAAACGACUUGAUGUCUCGAUAUGUUGGCGUGCUUCAGGAUAUGGAAGGGGGAAUUUAUCAUAAUCUCACUGUAUUCGGAUGCAAUCCUUGUCGACAACAACAAUUAAUCUCGAAGGGAUUGGUGAUUUGGGAUACGUUACAAGUAGGAUGGGAAUCAUUCGAAGUGGAUCUUCAUCAGUCGUAUGGCAUAGGGGACGAGUUUGCAACUGGUGAAGUUUCAAUCAGUGUUACUUCAUACAUCUACUACACCAAGAUCAAGAUGAUGAUGCAAUUAUUAUUGAACGGGUUUGAACUUGAAUUAUAUAAGCCCUUUGAAAUUUACCUUAUCUUAUGGUAUGGUGACUAUUUAGCCCAAAAUUUGGUUGACCAUUUACAAAAUCGAGUAACUCGAAUCAUUAUUGGUAAAAUCGAGCAUCUUGAAACUGUUAUUCCUAAGAGAAUCAAGAAAUUGAAAGCUGGUGUUAAGAAGGAACAAUUGAAAGAAUUAAAUAAAUACAACCACGAAGUUAUAUUACCCCAAUUAACAGCUACACUCAACUACAAUCAAGAUUAUUUAACAAAAUCAUAUCAAACUUUAUUAACAUUGCUUCGAGCAAACAUGAAGUAUCUUGCUACGUUAUCCAAAAUUGGGUUGAUUGACUUCACAAAGGGUCCCUCACAUAGUUUAACAUCUUUGGAACAUCUUUAUUACCUUAGAUUAAAGCCGUGGUCCUCUAUUGGUGUACCUAACUUCCCCACCUAUCAAAAUUACCAACAGAUUAUCACUGCAACUUUACCUGAACGCGAUAAUAGAUCUACCUUGUUUAGAUGUCUUGAAUUAUUGGCAUCACUGAAGAGCGGGUUGGCCACAUGCCGCAAGGAGUAUGAAAUCAUUCUUGGCUAUAUCAAACGUGAUACCAGGAACUUUGUUUCUAAUUCUAAGGUGAAUGAAUGGUACCAUGAAUUCAUCUCAAGUAUUGAUGUGCUUGAAGAAAACAUUGGUUUGUUGAGUAAACUAAUUUCCCAAAACAAAGACGACUUGCUGAAGAUCAAUAAGGAAUACAAAAUUAAAGUAGACAAAGGGGUCCAUAGAUAUAUACCAAACCUUUCUGUUGUUCCUAAAUAG